AUGAGAACAAGAGUGCUGCGUUGCAGACCAUUCUCCACCCGCAUUUUGGCUUUUUUGCUCCUGGUUCUUGCCUUCGGUGUCUACUGCUACUACUAUAGUGCAGCCACUUACCACAAAUCAAGUAAUAACUUGCCAAGCUCGGAGGACGAAGAGUUUAAACCACCUCCACCGUUUCUCCACGAAAGGUUACAAAAAGAAAAGGUAAUACAAGAACAAUGUCCAGUGCUAAAAGAGAGCAUAGCAGACAUCGACACUGUUUCAGUUUUUCCAUCAUUCGAAUUUCAGCCAAGCUGGUUGCGGACUAAAGAGUUUUGGGACAAAUCCUUCGAGGAGCGCUACGAGAAAAUUCGAAACGACAGCCGUCGACCUAGAUUGAAGGUCAUUGUAGUGCCGCAUUCGCACAACGAUCCGGGAUGGUUGAAGACCUUCGAGCAAUACUUUGAAUGGAAGACAAAGAAUAUCAUAAAUAACAUCGUUCAGAAAUUGAACCAGCACCCCAACAUGACUUUCAUUUGGACCGAGAUAUCGUUUCUCAAUGCCUGGUGGGAGACUUCGCACCCGGUUAAGCAAAAGGCUCUUAAAAAGUUAAUUAAAGAAGGACGGCUCGAGAUUACCACUGGUGGGUGGGUGAUGCCUGAUGAGGCCUGCACUCACAUAUAUGCACUAAUAGAUCAAUUCAUCGAAGGUCAUCAUUGGGUUAAAACCAACCUUGGGAUCACACCAAAAACUGGUUGGUCGAUAGAUCCGUUUGGACAUGGGCCCACAGUACCUUAUUUGCUUGAUAAGAGCGGUCUAGAGGGGGCAAUUAUUCAACGGAUUCAUUACGCGUGGAAACAAUGGCUUGCAGAGCGACAGAUCGAGGAGUUUUAUUGGUUACCAGGGUGGGCGAGUAGGAAGCCGUCGUUAAUUGUCCAUAACCAACCUUUCGACAUUUAUUCCAUCAAAAGCACGUGCGGGCCCCAUCCAUCCGUGUGCCUUAGCUUCGACUUUCGAAAAAUACCGGGCGAAUAUUCCGAAUACACCGCGAAACAUGAAGAAAUAACGGAUCAAAACGUACACAGUAAAUCAAAAACAUUAAUAGAGGAGUACGAACGCAUAGGAUCUUUGACUCCUCAUAACGUCGUCCUCGUACCGCUCGGCGACGACUUCCGUUACGAAUACGACGUAGAAUUUGACGCUCAGUACAUCAACUACAUGAAAAUGUUCAAUUACAUUAACAGCCACAAGGAGCUGUUCAAUGCUGACGUCCAGUUUGGGACUCCACUGGACUAUUUCAACGCAAUGAAACAAAGACAUAAGAGUAUACCUAGUUUGAAAGGCGAUUUCUUCGUUUACUCGGACAUUUUUAGUGAGGGCAAACCGGCUUAUUGGUCGGGCUAUUUCACUACAAGGCCCUACCUCAAGAUCCUCGCUCGGCAAUUCGAACAUCAGCUACGCACUUCGGAAAUAAUAUUUACUCUCGUCUCUAAUAUUGUUAAACAAUCCCACGACCGUCGACUCGUCGCUUCAGAGAAGAGGUUGGAAAAAUAUUACGAGCAGUUGAUCAAUGCCAGGAGGAAUAUGGGUUUGUUCCAACACCACGAUGCAAUUACAGGCACUUCUAAAGCCAGCGUCAUGUACGAUUACGGUACAAAACUUUUCACCAGUUUAUAUCACUGCAUCCGUUUGCAGGAAUCGGCACUUACCACCAUAAUGCUUCCGGAUGAAACUUUACACGCUCAGAGUAUUUUACAAAGCGAAGUUGAAUGGGAAACGUAUGGCGCUCCAGUGAAGAAACUUCAGGUCUCUUUGAUUGAUAGGAAAAAAGUCGUACUUUUCAAUCCUCUGGCGGAGCGUAGAACUGAGGUGAUUACGGUACGAUCUAAUACAACAAACGUACGAAUUUAUGAUACCAUGUCGAGGAAAUACGUGCAGUAUCAAAUAACUCCAAACAUCAACAUUCGAGAGGACGGUAAACGUGUCAUCAGUAAUAAUAAUUUCGACAUUGUGUUCGUUGCCACUCUACCAGCUCUUACUGCUGUCACUUACAAAAUAGAGGAGCACAAGAACGCAUCUCAUCACUGUGUCGUGUUUUGCAACAAUUGCAACAGCCAAGAUUCCAGUAAGCAAUCAAAUUUCGUUACAAAAAAAAUGAUGCCCGGCGACAUUCAAUUGGAAAAUUCAGCUUUGAAACUGCUCAUAAAUAGGAACACUGGGUUUUUGAAGCAGGUGUAUAGAAAAGAGGCCAGAAAGAAAAAUGUGAUGGAAAUACAAUUUGGGGCUUAUCAAAGUGCACAAAGACAUUCAGGUGCUUAUCUUUUUAUGCCAGACUACGAUUCGCCUGAGAAGAACGUCCUAAAUCCUUACUCUAACUGGAACAGCUUUCAAGACGACAAUAUAAUUAUCGUAUCAGGUCCAGUUUCAACGGAAAUUACAACACUUUACUUGCCUUUCUUGGUGCACACAGUCAAGAUAUACAAUGUUGACGAUCCGGCACUGCUGCAUGGCAUUUUAGUUGAGAAUAUAGUUGAUUUCGAGAACCCACCCAAAAACAGAGAAACUGAGCUUUACAUGAGAAUUCAAACCGAUAUACAAAACGGCGAACCGCCCGUGUUUUACACAGACCAAAACGGUUUCCAGUAUCAAAAAAGGGUUAAAGUGGACAAGCUGGGCAUUGAGGCCAACUACUUUCCUAUUACUACCAUGGCAUGGAUCCAGGAUGAAAAUGCACGGCUGACUCUAAUAACAAACCACGCGCAAGGAGCGGCAUCUUUUGAGCCCGGUCGUCUUGAAGUAAUGCUCGAUAGACGCACUCUAUAUGACGACUUCCGAGGUAUUGGUGAAGGAGUAGUCGACAACAAACAAACCAUAUUCCAAAAUUGGCUUCUUCUCGAAUCAACCACUUUUAUAAGAUCUAAAAGAGAUACCAGUGAAUCUUUCCAACCUGUGCACGAAAGACAUUUCAGACCCGACCAAAAAACCACUGAUUAUCAGUUGCCUUCGCAGACGGCUGACUUUUUAAGCCGAUCCCUUAAUUAUCCAGUUAAUAUUUACCUUAUCGACACCAGUGAGGUGGUGCGAGACGUAGAAGUGAAGAACUAUCAAACGUUAGUUCAAAACUUUCCAGCAGGCAUCCAUUUGGUGACGAUGCGUACAAUCACUGACGAUAUACUCGAACAGUUUCCCAGUUCGUCAUGCUAUAUGGUGCUCCAAAGACCGGCACAUAGCUGCUCCGUUGGGUCGCAGCUUGAAAAGUCCACUUCAUUUACAGGCAAUACUAGAUUUAAUGAACUUCACAUUAGAAACCUAACUUCGGUCAGCUUAACUGGACUUAAAACAUACAAAUCGCUAUCGGGAUUGGAGGAUAUCGAAAUAGAGCCAGUAGAAGUAAAAACAUUUAAGAUCAGGUUUUGA